UGACCGGCGCCUCUUCCCAUGUCCGUCUCCUGAAGAGACUCCCUGCCCAGCAUGGAUGUGGCCAACAAUACUACCUCCCCAGAGCGCUCCCCCGAGGGGGCAGGCGGCCUGGGCUACCAGCUGCUCACCUCCGUGCUCCUGGGCACGCUCAUCCUAUGCGCCGUGAGCGGCAACGCCUGCGUGAUCGCGGCCAUCGCCCUGGAGCGCUCCCUGCAAACCGUGGCCAACUAUCUCAUCGGCUCGCUGGCCGUCACCGACCUCAUGGUGUCCGUGCUGGUGCUGCCCAUGGCGGCCCUCUACCAAGUGCUGAACAAGUGGACGCUGGGGCAAGUCACCUGCGACAUCUUCAUCUCGCUGGACGUGCUGUGCUGCACCUCUUCCAUCCUGCACCUGUGCGCCAUCGCCUUGGACAGGUAUUGGGCCAUCACGGACCCCAUCGACUACGUUAACAAGCGGACUCCCCGGCGGGCCGCCGUCCUUAUCAGUCUGACUUGGGUCAUCGGCUUCCUGAUAUCCAUCCCGCCCAUGCUGGGAUGGAGGACGCCUGAGGACCGCUCGGACCCCGAUGCCUGCACCAUCAGCAAGGACCACGGGUACACCAUCUACUCCACCUUCGGCGCCUUCUACAUUCCGCUCCUCCUCAUGCUGGUGCUCUACGGCCGCAUCUUCAAGGCGGCCCGUUUCAGAAUCCGCAAGACCGUCAAGAAAGCGGAAAAGAAGAAAAUCGCUGACACCUGUCUCACGCUUUCACCGUCCGCCCUGCAGAAGAAAAGCAACGGGGAACCUGGUAAGGGCUGGCGGCGGACUGUAGAACCCAAGUCUGCUGCCAGUGUCAACGGCGCGGUGCGGCAGGGCGAGGACGGGGCCGCCCUGGAGAUCAUCGAGGUUCAGCGCUGCAACAGCUCCUCCAAGACUCACCUGCCGCUGCCCAGCGAGGCGUGCUCUCCGCCGCCCUCUUCCUUCGAGAGACGCAACGAGAAGAACACAGAGGCUAAACGGAGGAUGGCUUUGUCCCGGGAGAGGAAGACUGUUAAGACCCUAGGCAUCAUUAUGGGCACCUUCAUUCUCUGCUGGCUGCCGUUCUUCAUCGUGGCGCUGGUCCUGCCCUUUUGUGACAGUAAGUGUUACAUGCCUAAGUGGCUGGGGGCAGUUAUCAACUGGCUGGGCUACUCCAACUCUCUCCUCAACCCCAUCAUCUAUGCCUAUUUCAACAAAGACUUCCAAAGUGCUUUCAAGAAAAUUAUCAAGUGCAAAUUUUGCAGGCAGUGAAGCCUGCCGCUCCAG